UCCAGUUGUUCAGCCCUGGAGGCCCAUCUGUCCCUUACUAUUUGAGUCCUGUUGUCUCAUUGGCAGCUUUCUGAGCAGCUGCAAAAUGUUUUUAACUUUAGGUGGAAGUUAGGAUCACCAGCGUCUGGCCUGGAACAGUCACUCUCAGCAAGAGCUCUUUCAGCUCUGACAUUCCCUAGCUUGACAGACUCGGCACCCCAGUCGUCCUCCUGGUCGUCCUUCCUCGCAGAUCAUCUGUUCCAGCCGCCUCACAACCACAGAUCGGCGGCAGGGGCCGGAACGGAGACGAGAGCUGCUCGCGCGCGCUCAGGGGGCGGCCGCAGCACCGCCCUCCCCGGAGGACAAUGCUGCGAGGCAAGUCCCGGCUCAACGUGGAGUGGCUGGGCUACUCGCCCGGCCUGCUCCUGGAGCGCAGGCCGCUCCUGGCAGGGCGUACGCCCCGCAGCCCUGGCCGAAAUGAAAGUUCAUUAGCAUCCACUCUGAAGACGCUCCUGUUCUUCACAGCUUUAAUGAUCACUGUACCUAUUGGGUUAUAUUUCACAACUAAAUCUUACGUUUUUGAAGGCGCCUUUGGGAUGUCCAAUAGGGACAGCUAUUUUUAUGCUGCUAUCGUUGCAGUGGUCGCCGUCCACGUGGUGCUGGCCCUCUUUGUUUAUGUGGCCUGGAAUGAAGGCUCACGGCAGUGGCGUGAAGGCAAACAGGAUUAAAGUGAACAUUACCUUUUGAUAGUGUUAAAUUGAUUUUUUAAAAUGGUAAAUCGAUCUGGGAUAUUGAUGAUUUCAAUAAAGUUGUAAGAACUUGUUAAAAUCAA